UUGUUUCUUUGGCUCACCCCACCAUAGGCAUUCCAUAGGAAAAAAAAAAAGCAGACACAUCAGCGAGUAAGAAAAAAAAGUAAAAAUCCUCGUAUCAGUCAUGAAAAUAUAUAGGUUUUGCCAACUUUUAAAUCACCAUGUAAAGUUACAGUAACUUUUCUUAUGAACGUAAAAAACUCACAAGCAGGAGUAAAUCGUCUAAUGGUCGUAUUACAGUAUUCAGGACUUCUCAAGUCAAAGGUUUUUUUCUUCCACGAAAGUGGGGGGAUGGUGGAUGCUUCUACGAGUCUGGAAAACGAUUGAAACUACAACAGUGCACGGGGUCGACGAUACACUUAUUUUAUUUGAUAUGUUUAACUUUGCAAAAACUUCAAACCUCGACUUCAAAUGCAUUUGCUGCAGGUAAAGGAGUACAUGGUCCAAAAACGGGCACCGCCGACUUGUACACAAAACAGAUUGAUAUGACUUUGAUGAGAAGUUUGAAUAACGGGAAGCUCGGAGAAACUACAGGAUUUUCUUUAUUGGUACUGUUUGUUUAGAAGCAGUUUUCCCCCCAGGACAUGCAACGCGGUUGAAUAAAGAUUUUUGCUAUACAUUACAACAGAAAAGGGGAAGUUUAAUUCUUGUGGAUACAGUGUUGCAUAGUUAGGCUUUCCAAGAUGUCUUCCCGAGGAUGUGCCUUUGUUGAAAGAUUUUGGAUGUUUUUGGUAUUGGGGUAUUUCUUUUUCCCAAUUUAUUUGGGCAAAGCGCAGCAAAACAACAGUGGGUUAUUUGAACACUGUAAGAAAACGUCAACUUGUGAAGCUUUGAAAUACAACACAUGUCUUGGCUCUCCAUUGCCCUACACUUACACCUCUGUUAUUCUGGCUGAAGAUUCCAACUCUCAAGAAGAAGCAUUGGAAAAAUUGACCAUGUGGUCAGGUCUAAGGAACGCGCCUCGCUGCUGGGAAGUCAUUCAGCCCUUGCUGUGUUCUGUCUACAUGCCCAAGUGUGACAAUGGGAAGGUGGAACUGCCCAGCCAGAGCCUCUGCCAUAAGACCAGAGGACCCUGCGCCAUUGUGGAGCGGGAGAGAGGCUGGCCAGACUUCCUGAAGUGCACUACUGAUAAAUUUCCAGUAGGAUGUCCGAAUGAGGUUCAGAACAUCAAGUUCAACAGCUCCGGGCAAUGCGAGUCCCCCCUGGUGAAGACAGACAACCCGAACAGCUGGUAUGAGGACGUGGAGGGCUGUGGUAUUCAGUGUCAUAACCCGCUAUUCACUGAGGAAGAGCACAGGGACAUGCACGUCUAUAUCGCUAUCUUUGGCUCCGUCACCAUCUUCUGUACCUUCUUCACACUGGCCACUUUUGUAGCUGACUGGAAGAACUCAAACCGCUAUCCUGCCGUUAUUCUGUUUUAUGUAAAUGCCUGUUUCUUCAUCGGAAGUAUUGGCUGGCUGGCACAGUUCAUGGACGGUGCCCGUGGAGAGAUUGUGUGUAAAGCAGAUGGGACCAUGAGACUUGGCGAGCCAACGUCUACAGAGACUCUUUCCUGUGUGAUUAUCUUUGUGAUCGUCUAUUACUCCCUGAUGUCGGGGGUCAUCUGGUUCGUUAUACUGACCUAUGCCUGGCACACUUCCUUUAAAGCACUUGGCACCACUUACCAGCCUCUGGCUGGCAAGACAUCCUACUUCCACUUGGUUACAUGGUCCAUUCCUUUUGUGCUGACUGUGGCAAUAUUAGCAAUGGCUGAGGUGGAUGGAGACUCAGUUAGUGGAAUCUGCUUUGUUGGCUACAAACACUACCACUACAGAGCGGGCUUUGUGCUGGCUCCUAUUGGGCUUGUCUUGAUUGUUGGUGGCUACUUUCUUAUUCGAGGUGUCAUGACGUUGUUCUCAAUUAAGAGUAACCAUCCUGGGCUUCUGAGUGAAAAGGCAGCCAGCAAAAUUAAUGAAACCAUGCUCAGGCUCGGUAUAUUUGGAUUCCUGGCCUUCGGCUUUGUUUUUAUUACAUUUGGCUGCCAUUUCUAUGACUUCUUCAACCAGGCUGAAUGGGAGAGAAGCUUCAGAGAAUAUGUGUUGUGUGAAGCAAAUGUGACAAUUGCACACCAAGCCAACAAGCCGGUGCCAGAAUGUGCCAUCAAGAACCGGCCCAGCCUGCUGGUGGAGAAGAUCAACCUCUUCGCUAUGUUUGGGACCGGCAUUGCCAUGAGUACGUGGGUGUGGACCAAAGCCACAGUCCUCAUCUGGAAACGCACCUGGUGCAGGGUUAUUGGUCGGAGUGAUGAUGAACCGAAGCGGAUAAAGAAAAGCAAGAUGAUCGCUAAAGCGUUCUCCAAACGAAAGGAGUUAAUGAAGAACCCAGAGAAAGAACUGUCGUUCAGCAUGCAGACUGUCUCUCAUGAUGGACCUGUAGCUGGUUUAAACUUUGAAUUGAACGAGCCUUCUGUGGAAAUGUCCUCUGCCUGGGCCCAACAUGUUACCAAGAUGGUUGCCAGGCGAGGAGCCAUUUUGCCUCAAGAUAUCUCUGUCACUCCCACAGGAACACCAACGCCACCUGAGGACAGCAGGAAGAACCUUUGGAUAGUGGAAGCAGAGAUUCCUCCUGAGCUCCACAAGAAGAAAAAGAAAAAGAGGAGGAAAAAGGAAGUGCGCCCCCAGAGCCCGAAGGCGGAGGUUUAUGACAUGGGCUACGAAAGGGUCUCCAGCGCCGUACCGCGACUCCCCAGGCUGCCUGGCCAGAAGAGCCUGGUGGCCAAGACCUGGGAGCCUGUCUCCCCUGAGGAAGUCCUGCCUGGCUCCUUCCCAGAGUUCAGACCAACUGCACCACCACCAUACCAGGAGCGAAACUCCAAUGCAGUCUUCAGCGUCCCUUCAGGCUACAGAAGACAUACUGCGCUGAACAUGAUUGCAAACCCCUUGUCUGCGGACAGCAGGCUCCAAGAGGACCCCGGGUGUGUGAACAGUGGACGCUUCCGCCCCCAACUGAGGCAGUACAAUGGAUCGUUCCGCCACUCCACUGGGGAGGUCGAGCCUGCCUCGUUGCCCAAUGGGAAUAUGUCCUACGUGCCCAGAACUCAAGGGAGAAGAGCUGGCCUGGCACCCAUCCAUUCCAGAACCAACCUAAUGGACGCAGAACUAAUGGAUGCAGAUUCAGACUUCUGAGUGCCCUUUGCUGUGUGUCAUACUGUAGCAGAAAGCGCUGGAUGCUUUUAGUUCUGCCCCUCCCUUUUUUCCAAUAUCAUAUAAAAAACAAA